AUGUCUAAAAACGACUUCUGCUCCCUGCUCCUACCAAGCCGGGUCCGCGCGAAGCUUCGAGAGCACGGCAUUCACGACGACAACGACGUCGGGGCCGCCGGCCCGUCUUUCCGGGCGGAAGCCGACAUGGUGAUGGCACGGCGGCGUGCCCUCCCGACGUUCGCCUUCAAAACCGCGUCGGAACUGCUCCAACACAGCCGAACUCUGGAGCCUAUUCCGACCUGGAUUCCCAGCAUCGACGCUGCACUGGACGGCGGCAUAGCUCGUCGCAAGAUAACGGAGGUCACCGGCUUUCCGGGCAGCGGAAAGACCCAAUUCUGCCUCCAAGUGGCGGCGUCCAAUCAUUUCACGGGCAACUCGACCGUUUACAUCGAUUGCAAAGGAGGAUUCACCAGGACGCGUUUCGAACAGAUCUUCGACGGCAUCGCGAGCAAACAGCGUUCGCGACGUCGAGAAGCCGGCGUGUGCGCAACGCCGAACUUCUGCUUCAGGCCGUGCUCUUCUUGGGAAGAACUAUCGGCCCUUCUAAGCUUUUUACUGCUUUUACCCCAACAAUCACUCGCCGCGAAUGACGACCACCCGAUCACUCUCGUGAUCGUCGACGGCUUCGACUUUCAUCUGCGCCAUGGGGUGGACGAUCUGCCGUUGAGGAGAAAGAUCGUCGGGUGCCUGACUCGGAAACUCGUCGACGUCGCUACGAAACUGGACGUCGCUGUGCUGCUCACCAAUCAUCUGUCCAUGAAACCCACGAGUGCUGGGUCUGGGACGCUGAAGCCAGCGCCCGCGUUGGGGCAGACCUUUGGGCAAGACUGCUCCUACCGAGUGACGUUCGGUUUUAAAGGGCACGUCCGCGAGGCAACAUUCUUCAAGGCACCCAGUUUUGGCCACGUUGUUGUGAGUUUCGAGAUUGGCCCCGACGGUAUCGUUGAGGCUUUGCCGGACUUGUGAAUACCUGUUCGUUUCCGACGUCAUUUGUAUUUUUUAUUUAUUUAUUAAUAGGAAGUUUUGUUACGACA